AUGUCGCUCCGGAUACAAACAAUUCCGGCACAAACGAACGAGGGAACCGUUGCACUCCCAACAAAAUUCACCCAUUCUAAGAAAGUCGUAAAACACGUUGGAGUUUGUACGGAAAUUUUUGAACUAGCUGAAAUGUGCGCAAAGUUUGGAGCUACUUCAGCAAACUAUUCUACUAUUUCGAAAAUGAUGAGUGAUGUUCAUGAUUUGCGACUGACAGGGUCUGAUAUGAUGCUACUCAACGAGAAAAACGAUAUGGCUAAGAUACUACUCGUUUUACCACAUUUGACUACUUACAAUGGGAGAAUGAUUCAUAUGGCAUAUGAGCGCAUCCAUGGUACCAUCUUCAAUAAGAAAGUUGACUUGAGAAAAGUAUUCGCCAAAGGUCUCACGCUCAAUCAGCAUGUUUUUAAAGAAGUUUCGGAUGUUUCCGGAUUUUCCCGGUCACUUGCCACCCUGAUAAAAGGAUGUCUUCCUAUAAUGAUUAAAUUAUCCCGCAAGGGCAUAAAGCAUAAGGAAACAAUGGAGCCGAUUAUUGGUAUAGAAGCUGAACUAGCUCCAUUAAUUAGAUGGAUUUCGGACUCUCAAUCCAUCCAGGAUUAUAACGCACCUGUAUCGCAUAUUUUUUGUCAAAGCGAAGAUUUGUUUGUAUAUCUAUCUCUUUGUGCCAUUAUUCCCUGUGGAAAGGAAUCAAUUAACGCUAUCGAUACAUUCUUUAAAUCGUUCGCAGUGUUUAAUUUGCGAAUUUCGCACUGA